CUCAUUCCUGAAAAUCAGAUAUCUUCUAAAUUGUGCCAUAUAUCUCCCGCCCUCAUUCCGACACAAACAUGGCAACGCGGCCCGAAAACGUCGGCAUCAAAGCCAUUGAAGUCUACUUUCCCAGUCGAUAUGUCUCCCAAACCGAAUUAGAGAAGUAUCUCGGCGUCAGCACCGGCAAAUUCACCAUCGGCCUAGGCCAAACAAGCAUGAGCAUCUGCGACGACCGCGAAGACCUCUACUCCCUAGCCCUCACCACCGUCUCGUCCCUACUAAAAAAGUACACCAUCGACCCCAACGCCAUCGGCCGCCUCGAAGUCGGCACCGAAACGCUCCUCGACAAGUCCAAAUCCGCCAAAUCAGUCCUCAUGUCCCUGUUCCCCGACAACCCGGACAUCGAAGGCAUCGACACCUACAACGCCUGCUACGGCGGGACCAGCGCGCUCAUCAACGCCGUGAACUGGAUCGAGUCGUCGUCGUGGGACGGACGCGACGCCAUCGUCGUUGCCGGCGACAUCUCGCUCUACGAUACGCCGGCCGCCCGGCCGACAGGUGGCGCUGGGUGCGUUGCUAUGUUGGUUGGUGCGGAUGCGCCGGUCGUGGUAGAGCCGAUCCGUGCCAGCUAUAUGCAGCAUGUGUAUGAUUUCUACAAGGGGGACUUCGGGUCUGAGUAUCCGCUUGUGGACGGGCAUUACUCGAAUCAGUGCUAUAUGCGGGCGUUGGAUGGGUGCUAUACGAGGUAUCGAGAGAGGGUGAAACAGCGCCGUGGUCCUGCAGCUGAGCAAGAGGUCGAGAGGGACGGAAUCGACAUGUUUGAUUUCUUCGUCUUCCAUGCUCCGAACACUAAGAUGGUUGCGAAAGCUUAUGGCCGGAUCCUCUUCAAUGACUACCGUGCUAGCCCAGACGCCUUUGCCUCCGACUCCAUCCCGCAGGAAUACGCCACGAUCGACACAGACAGCUCCCUGACCGAUAAGAACCUCGAAAAGCUCUUCAUGUCUCUUUCGAAAGCAAAAUUCACAGAACGAGUCCACCCGUCCCUCACUAUCCCUACAAACUGCGGCAAUAGCUACACAGGAAGCGUAUGGGCCGGACUCGCGAGCCUCUUGAACAACGUUCCCAGCGAGACGUUGCGGGGCAAGCGCGUUGGGGUGUAUAGCUACGGGGCUGGGCUAGCUAGUACGCUCUUGACGCUGCGUGUACGAGGCGAUACGGGGCCUAUGGCUCGGACGUUGGAUUUGCACGCGAGGUUGGCGGCUAGGAUGGAGGUGACGCCGGAAGUUUAUAAUGAGAUGUGCCAGCUUCGUGAACAAGCAUAUCAGCAGAAGGACUACGUGCCGCAGGGGAGUGUCGAUGAUCUUGCUUCAGGGACAUGUUAUCUAGCUCAUGUUGAUGAGAAGUUCCGGCGACAAUAUGAGGUGAAGGUCUGAGGAUUAUUUAAAUUCAG